AUUGUAGCAGUAUUGUUGUGCUUAUAACGUGCCCCGCAAGAGUAGGGCUUCAGUUGCAGAUGAAUAUUUGGCACUUAAAACAUUAUCAGAGGUUAAUUUAGGUCUUCGAUAUGUUGUGGAAAUUUCUAAUGGUUGCUUCCCUAGCUUUGGGAGUAUUUGGCCGCUCCACGGUCGAUGUUACUGACAAUUCGCCUUUUGACGAGUAUAGUCAACUAGUGAUUAGGGAAUAUUGCAACGCCACUCAUGCCGAAGACAAGACGUCAGAAGUCAAGUCUGCAAUGAUAACAUUCGCAAAGUGUUUGAACGGCGUGAUCGAUUUUGAAACUUUCGCGAAAGAAAUGGAAAAAGCGGAGAGCAGCGGAGUAUACGACGAAGUCAUCCUAAAGUAUUGUGCUAUAGCUCCGCAGCUAAAGGAAUGUGCCGGCCACCUGGUGAAAGGAAUGGCUCCAUGCCUGCCGGUCGGGUUGGACCACACUGCGGUGACGAGCACCAACGUCCUGAUCGACUUCGUUUGCGACAAUAAUGGUGCAAGGAUAACCUCAUUUCUUAAAGAGGAGGGUCCACGGUGCAUUAGGGAUAAAAUGUUUUAUAUUGCAUAUUGCCAAGAUGCCAUCACGUCAAACCUCACGAAGUUUACAAAUGGCUCCGGAGACGGAAUAUCUGCUAUAGCUAAUUCACUGUACACUAUAUCUAAAAAGGACAGGUGUAUCUUGCUGGACCAGAGUUUGGACUGUUUGGUGGACGUGAUAAAGAGUUGCCCGAACCCAGCCAUCGGAAAACUGGGCCAGGAGUUCCACAAUGUCUACUUGGAAAGCCUGUCGUGCUCUGAGGUAACUCAACAUGCAAAUACAGAGGUGGUCGCAGGAACUGAAGGAACAGUAGACACUACAACUGGAAGCUCUGAUGGGGGUAAAAAUAUCGAUCAACUUAUAAAAAUAAAACUUCAAUUAGAACUUGAGAUUUAG